AUGGCUGCCUCCGGCUCCUCGCGUCGCAGGAAAAAAGCGCCCGGCUCGCUGCUGAACAAGUUGUUUGCCCUCGGCUGCCUCGCUUCGCUGCUGCCUCUCUACUACGAGUACCACUACACCACUCGCUCUCGCGAGCACCUGCCCCACGUGCCGCACGAUGACCCAUUCAUUCGCGUCAUCGACGCGGCGGGCCCAUUCGACGAGCCAGGCAUCAACCACUCGACGGAGGCGGCGCUGAAGCUCUCCUUCUACGUCGCCUUCAUGUUCCGCUCGCGCGCCGCGCUGUCGAUGCUGUCGAUGCGCUUCCUCUCGCUGGCGAUGAUGCGCUUCGUGCUCGCGUCGAAUGAACUGGCGAUGAUGCUCUUCAUGCUCGCGUCGAUGAACGCGGCCAAGCGAGAGCAGCAGCGGCGGCUCUACGCGCUGCACGGGCCCGCGCGGCGUGCUGAGCUGGCGCUGCACGGGUACGACGAGCACGGCCGACCGCUGCGGCGCGGCCCGCUCGGCUCCUCCGCGCCGCUGUACGCGUCCCUCGCCGCAUACCCUGAGCUGGGCGUCCGGCGGGAGGCGGAGGCGGAGGCGUUCUGGGACUCGUUCGAGUCGGGCCGGCGAGGCAGGCUCCGGACGUACGACGAGGGCCCGCACGGGCUGCUGCUCCAGAUCCUCGCCCUCGACGAGAUGCUCACGCGGCUGCGCGAAGGGCAGGACGGCGACUUCAGCGACAGCGCGACCGGUGACGAGAGCGACGAGGAUGACCGGCGCUCGCCGUCACCAGACAGGUAGCGCCUGGCUCGCUGCGCGCUUUCAGCCCCGCGGCCAACCAUAUACGACUCCGCCCGGGGCCCCGGUCCCCGCACGGUGUGUCGGUGUCGUUGCGCACCCCUCUCGACAUGGCCUUCGGAGAAUCGGAGCCCCCCGGCGCCGUGUCGACGAGAGACUCGAAAGACCUCACCCACGAGUCAUUGGCGGGUAUGUCAACAGACUGUAUCCAGUGUGUCU